ACGGGACAGGUGAAGUUGUUUACUGUUUGAUUACUGUCAAACAAUCUGACGCGGUCACUAUGAUGCUACUGUAAAACUGAAUGGACAAUACUUAGGAAGAGAAAAUACAAAGUAAAAUGUGAAGCCAGUCAUACUUUGGCUUCAAAACAAAACAACAAUAGUUUAUAUUUACAUGAAACAACAGCCUGUUUUUUAGUGUUGCCUGUUAACGUUAGCCGUGUUGUUGUGAGACUAGUUAGCUAGCAGCUAGUUCUGUGAGCAAAAAAACAAAUAACCUUCUGAGCAACAAGUGGAACGAUAAGGGCAUUAUAUGACAUGGAUAUGGACUGUAUACUUCAAGGACUUGCUUCAACGACCGGUGUGGCCACUUUUUAUUAUUCUGGCUACAAUACCGUGUGUGUUGUACUGCUCAGAGAGUCCUGCAGCUGUCGUUGGCAAAAUGUAUCCACGGGGUAACCACUGGGCAGUAGGUCAUUUGAUGGGAAAGAAGAGCAUCGAGAGCCUACCUGAACUGCAGGAGACAAACCAUGACAGUGACUACCUCACACCCUUAGAAACAGCUGGGGUCACAGAGCAACUGAUGGAGGCACUGAUGCAACAAAAGAACCAGGAACAGACGACGCCACAGACUGCAGACCGGCUGCUUCGGCUGCAGAGUGGCUGGAGAGAAGAGGACAGAGACAAAUAUCUCAGAGAGAUGUCCAAGCUUCUUCUUCUGGCUUUGAAACUGCAAGACAAUGAAUCCACCUGAAUACAAGACAGUCAUCAUUAUCAACUAAACGUGCUGUAAUCACAUAUUCACACUGUAUAUUUUUUUCUGCUGUAAGAGUAUGCUGGAAAGCAAAUUGAAGAUUAUUUUAUCAGUAAUUUAAUAUUUCUAAUAUGCAUCAUGCAGCAGUUUGAUUACAGACUGACAGGAUAAGGUUAUGUUGAAUGCAUUGAGAUGCUGAAUAAAUUUAACAUUGCGAUAA